AUGAUCAUUUCCACGUGGUUGGCGUACAUCGCAGCACGGAAAGGCGUUGGCCCUCCCUUCCCCUCUGCCAGGGCCCUGGGUAUCCCUGCGGAGGAGGUGGGAAUGGUCUCGCUGAUGGAGCGGUGGCUGCGCAAGGUCGAAGAUGGGACCUCCAGGUUCUUCAGGUGGACGCUGGCUGGCACGGCGGCGCAGCGGGCAGAGUCCGCGUCGGCUCCUCCAGCAUGCCCGGCGGCGAGCAGGCCAGACCCACAGGUUGUGAUCCAUGGGCUGAGCGUGGCUGUGCCCCACGGCAGUGUCUGGGAGCUCGGCAAGGAUAAUGUGGAUCUCAUUUCGUACCCACUGGGACGGUCACUCAGCCACUCCUUCCUGGAGGAGAGGACCACGAUCCAGCUCGUGAGGCGGAGCAUGUCCCAGCUGGUGCUCCAAGCCAAGCCGGACACUGAGACAGAGACCGAGCUGGACACUGAGCUGGAUACCGAUGCCCAAGUCCUGCUGUCGAGCGAGGACUAG